AUGCCAAAUGAUCUGAGCUCAAAUAAGAAGAACAAUCAGGUUCAAAAAAAUGGCACCGAUAAGUCUUUCGUAAGGCCUCCAUUUGAGCCAUUGGUCGACUUGAAGGAUGCGAUCAACUUUAUAUUAUUUAAUAAGAAUGCAAUUGGGAUAGUUAUAUUUUUAUUGAUUAUGUUUGAAUCUAUGGCAUUGAAAAUUAUUGUUAGUAAAAUUGCAUAUACUGAAAUCGAUUACAAGGCGUACGUAGAACAAAUAGAGAUGAUUAAUGACGGUGAAUACGAUUACUCUUUGAUCAGAGGUGGCACUGGACCUUUAGUAUAUCCUGCUGGCCAUGUUUUAAUAUACCGUUUCAUGAAUUACAUGACUUCGGGCUUGGAUAAUAUUGGAGAGGGACAAGUUCUCUUCAGGGUGUUAUAUAUUGCUACAUUGGUGCUUCAAAUGAUGUUAUACUAUAUAAUGGAGUUACCUCCAUGGUGUAUUGUCCUAGCCAGUCUGUCGAAGAGAUUGCAUUCUAUUUAUGUUCUACGUUUAUUCAAUGACUGUUUUACAACUUUUUUCAUGGUGCUCACUGUGUUAUUAUUAACACUUGCCACCAGAGUUCAAAACAAUUAUCUGGCGAAACUUUUAACAUUUACCUCUUCUUUAAGUUACAGUUUUGCAGUUAGUAUUAAGAUGAAUGCUCUAUUGUAUUUACCAGCAAUACUGGUCGCCUUUUACUUGAAUUUUGAUGGAAAAUUUAUCAAUGUCAUUGCCAGCAUUUUAUUAGCAAUAUCAUGGCAAAUUGUGGUAGCCCUACCGUUUUUGAAAAAAUAUCCAAAGGAGUAUCUUCAUUCAGCUUUUGAAUUCAGCAGACAGUUCAUGUUCAAGUGGAGUGUUAAUUGGCAAAUGCUAGAAGAAGAAGGAUUCCAGAACAAGUACUUCCACAUUUCUUUACUAAUUUCUCAAACAGUAGCAAUAAUGACUGUAUUGUUAAGCCAAUAUCCAAGACUUCUACAUGAUAUCACAAGCUCGAUACUUCAUCCUUUCGCCAAGAAUGAACAGUUAAGAAAUAAUGUGAAUAUACGCAAGUUCAUCCCAUUCACCAUGAUCGUCACUAAUUUCAUUGGCGUUUUUUUCUCAAGAUCCCUACAUUACCAGUUUCUAUCCUGGUAUCAUUGGACGAUCCCACUUUUGAUGCAUUGGUCGAGGCUUGGAGUCUUCCUCGGACCCCUUUGGUAUGUUGCACACGAAUACUGUUGGAACUCCUACCCACCAAACAGCACGGCUAGCAGUCUAUUAUUUGUAUUAAACCUAACAAUGCUGCUUCUCAUCGUUGCUUUCGACAGAUGCUGCAAUGUAGAGAGUGAUACAGAGUCCAAAGCUGUAGAGCAAGAGUUAGAAUCGAAGAAGAAACAAUAG